AUGGCUGUUGAUCAACAACACCAAAUGCUUUUUAGAAAACUUCAGGAUGGAAAUAUUCAAUGCGUUGCAUGUAAUAGGUAUUGUGUGAUUAAAGAAGGAGAGACAGGUGCGUGUGGAGUGAGAAAGAAUACUAAUGGAAAUUUAGAGUUAAUUGUUUAUGGUAAAGUAAUUGGACCAGGUCCAUCCCCAAUAGAAAAGAAACCAAUGUUCCAUUUUCUUCCACAGACUAUGACAUAUUCAAUUGCCACUGUUGGAUGUAAUUUUACUUGUCAAUUUUGUCAAAAUUGGGAUAUUAGCCAAUGUACUCUUCAAAUAAAAGAAGCAGGUGGUGAUUAUAUUGGCAAGAUUGAACGAUUAGGAUAUCCUAUGAGUGCCCAAAAAGUUAUUUCAGAAGCAAAGAGGAGAAAUUGUCCUGUAAUAGCUUACACAUACAAUGAACCAACAGUAUUCACUGAAUUUGCAUUAGAAUGUGGUAAACUAGCUCAUCAAGAAGGAAUGAAAAAUGUUUUUGUUACUAAUGGGUAUGAAAGUAAGGAAUGUAUUGAGGCUAUGAAAGGAAUUAUUGAUGGAAUGAACAUUGAUUUGAAAGGAUUUACUGAUGAGUUUUAUCAUAGUAUUACUGGUGGUCAUCUUCAGCCAGUAUUAGAAACGAUUAAACGUUGUCAUCAACUUGGAAUAUGGAUUGAAAUCACCACACUUAUUAUUCCUGGACAAAACGAUAGUGAUGAAGAAUUAAAAAAUAUUGCACAAUUCAUUUAUAAUGUUGACCCAUGUAUUCCAUGGCACAUUUCUGCAUUCCAUCCUGAUUAUUUAAUGGACACAACACCACAAACGCCUAUCAGUACACUAAGAAGAGCAUAUACUAUUGGACAAAGUGUUGGGUUAAAAUAUAUUUAUUGUGGUAAUGUUAUUGACCCAGAAAGAGAAGCAACAUAUUGUAAGAAAUGUGGAACCAAAUUAAUGCAGAGAAAAAUAUUUAAAACAACAUUUACACAAAAUUUCAAAAAUGGUAUGUGUUUGAAAUGCCAAACAAUGUGUGAUGGUGUUUGGAAAUAA